AUGUCUAAAAUGACAAUAUCGGCGGCUGACAGUCAACAUUACGAAAUCCACCAUGAGACUCACCAGAAACCCCCAACCGACCUGGAUGACCCACAUCGUGCCGCCUUGGAAGACAAUCCAGAGCACGCUCGACGGCCUUCCUGGGCAACGAUCAACGCGGUCUUGUUCCUGGCACUGGGAUUUGUCUGCCCGGUUGGCUGCGCUUUCACGCUCGUGACGUCCGUCAUUGUCAGAAUCCAGACAGAUCUCAAUGAUACUACUGAUAAGGCGACUUGGCUAGUGGGCGGCUGGUCUCUGGCGUCUGCAGUAUCCUUCUGUCUAGCUGGCAGCGUCAGUGAUCUUUUCGGACGUCGAUACACCAUCCUAUCAGGGCAACUCAUCUGCGUUAUCGGUUGUAUCGUUGCAGCCACAGCCAAAGCUAUGGACAGUGUCGUUGUGGGUGAAACACUCGUCGGCUUUGGCGCUGGCCUCGUUUUCGUCGCAUAUGCCGGCGUUGCGGAACUCCUGCCCAAUAAAUGGCGGCAUUUGGGCCUCACUGCUAUCGAGCUCUUCAUAAGCAUACCAUGGGGCGCCGCUUGUGUCAUCAUUGGGAACCUCUUAGCCACGCAAACGGCUCUAGGUUGGCGCUGGUGCUUCUACCUGGGGCUCAUUGCUGGUGUGAUCAGCAUGGUGGGCACUUUCGUGUUCUACUACCCUCCGACCAGGCCCCAAUUCGACGAGGACCGGACACGCUGGGACCACAUCAAAGGAAUUGAUUAUGUUGGCUUCUUUCUCUUCGGAAGUGGGCUCACAACAUUUCUUAUCGGUCUGACCUGGGCGGGACAAUUGGAUCAUCCGUGGCACAGUGCAUCUGUCAUCGCACCUCUCGUUGUUGGUGCUGUUGGGCUUGCGGCUUGUUUUGCGUACGACUUCACGGUUGCCGCCAGACCACUGUUUCCAUGGGUCGUGUUGAAAGAGUUCCGUGAUUACACAAUACUGCUUGCUGUUGUGUUCACUUCUGGUGUUAUGUAUUUGUCUCUUGCCGCAUUACUUCCACAAGGCUCCCUGUGGCUGUAUACCAGCGACGCGACGGAGAUCGGGCUCAUCGGACUGCCAAUGGGUUGCGUCUCGAUCCUUUUCUCUCCUGUCGGGACAGCAUUCAUCGGCAAAGUCAAGCACAUCAAGAUGCUGUUGAUCGGAUGCUUGGUCAUCCAGACGGUCUUCUCUGGGGCUUUAGCAGGUGCCACGUCCAGUAAGAGUGCCUGGAUGGGUUUGUCAUCAUUUGUUGCAGGCCCAUUCGUCUUCAUUUCGGUACUCGCCCAACUCAUGACCAGCUUGAAUGUGCCGUUGCGCUACCUUGGAGUGGCAAGUGGCCUGAUUGGGACCUUCCGCAGCGUCGGAGGGAGUAUCGGAAAUGCUAUUUUCAACACCGUCCUCCAAGGAAGCGUUCGCACGAAUCUGGGACCAAAAAUCGCCGCGGCAGUUCUAGCAGAAGGCUUCGAUCCCGAAGGACUCGAGAUGCUUAUUCCAGCAACCAUCAACACAGCUUUGGGGAUACCCGGAGCAUUCGCCGGAAUUGCGGGAGUCACACCGGCCAUCGAAGCAGCUGCAUUAGGAGCGCUCAGACAAGUGUAUGCUCGAGGUUUCCAGCUCGUAUUCUACAGUACAAUCCCAUUUGGCGUUGUCGCGAUCGCUCUCGCAGCGUGUCUGAACGACCCUUCGAAGUACCUCACCAACCAUACUGCAGUCACCAUGGAAAAGAAUGGAGUCUUUGACCGCGAAGGUCCGACUGAACAAGCUGUUCGUGAUGUGGCUCGGAUGGAGAAACACUGA